AUGGAUUCUGUUCUUCUCGACAAGCAGUUACUGAGGCAGUCUUGUUGCAACAUCUCCAUCCUAAAGCUACAAGAAGUACAUUCAUGCUACAAAAAAAUUGUGGAGAGUGAUGUUGUUCUUGUAGUUAUUAUCGACUGGAGCCUUGAACAUGAGAUUGAAGAAAUGCAGUUAACUGAGGCUGAUGACUCCGUAAUUAUCGAGCUGAAUGACGCAUUACCAACGCAGUCUUUCCAUCCGGUCAACAGUCGUGCGACAUGCGAGCACGUAGGGAAGCGACUUGGUGAACUCCAGCUAGAGCGGAUUGCUUUGAUCGAGCGUUGUCUAAGUGAAAACCAACAACGGGAGAAAUCCAUACCUGAAGGAACCAUCGAGGCUCGGUUACUGCGAAAUACGGUAGGAAUCAGUGCGCGGCCGCGCGGUGAAGCUAAGCCUCAGAACGAGGAGCGCCCAUCCGACUGGUAUCAUAUGUUUCUGUGGUAA